UCCCUUCCCGGGCCGCUUCCAUGGCUUCCACGUCUGUUGUCUUGCCCUACCCACCUACCAGUCUCGCCAUACUCGGCCUCAAAGGCCGAGCUCUUGUUGCCUUAAGACCAUGGGUUUCACCUCCGAAGAAACCCAUCUCCUGCUCUCCCUCCUCGAGCUCGACUUCACUCACUUUGCCCCUCAGCUCCAAUCCGUUCGAUAAUGAACCCCAACGCCAAGUUUUGACAAGAUCAUCCAGCUCCGAUGCUGCAACCACUGCUUUCAGUUUUCCGAAUGUUGGCCAAAUUCUUCACCUGGCGGUUUCUCUCGCUGUAAUUAUUGCGGCCGAUAAGCUUUUGAAGCAGGUUUUUACGGCGGCAGCAAUCAAGUUCCCGAGCGCGCUUUUCGGGAUGUUCUGCGUUUUUUCGGUUUUAUUAGUGCUGGAUUAUUUUGCUCCUUCUACUGCCAUUAACGUGAUGAACUUCUUUGAGCCAGCAACUCUUUUCAUACAGAGGUGGCUGCCAUUGUUCUAUGUACCGUCACUCGUUGUUUUGCCGAUUGCGGUAAGAGACGUGCCUGCGGCUUCAGGGGUCAAGAUUUGCUUCAUUUUAGUGGCAGGUUGGGCGGCAUCUCUCAGUGUUGCUGGAUAUACUGCACUAACAAUAAGAAAAAUUGUAAAGACAGAAAUGAUUCCCGCGGAGCCAAUGACCAAACCUUCUCCUUUUUCAACACUUGAAAUUUUGGUCUGGACUGCCAUCUUUGUUUCUUCCUUUUCUCUUUCAAUCAUUAAUCCGACAGCUCUGGGAACAACUGCCAGAACUUACCUUCCUUUCCUUCUUGCUGCAACAGUAUUGGGUUACAUGGUUGGCUCCCGGUUUCCAUCAACAGUCAAGGCGGUCUUCCAUCCAAUUGUCUGCUGUGCAUUUUCUGCAGAUUUGGCAGCAAUAGCAUUUGGGUAUCUUUCCCGGUCUGGAUUGGAUGCUGUCCUAGGUAACUAUCUUACUAAAGUGUCUUCUAAUCCUGGAGCUGGGGAUAUUCUCAUGGGUUUUCUAGGAUCUGUAAUUAUCACAUUUGCCUUUUCCAUGUUCAAACAAAGAAAGCUUAUUAAGCGGCACGCAGCAGAGAUUUUCUCAUCAGUGAUCAUCGCAACAGUCUUCUCUUUGUACUCUACUGCUGCCAUAGGGCGGCUUAUUGGGCUUGAGCCAACUUUAACUGUGUCAAUCUUGCCAAGAUGCAUUACAGUGGCUUUAGCCUUAAGCAUUGUUUCUUUCUUUGAAGGUGCAAAUACAUCUCUUACUGCUGCCGUUGUUGUGCUCACCGGUCUGGUUGGAGCUAAUUUUGUUCAGGCUAUGAUGGAUAAGCUUGGUUUGAAUGAUCCGAUUGCUAGAGGAAUAGCGACAGCUUCUAGUGCUCAUGGACUGGGGACAGCAGCUUUAUCAGCCAAAGAACCAGAGGCUCUUCCAUUCUGCGCGAUUGCUUAUUCGCUCAGUGGAAUAUUAGGCUCCCUACUUUGCUCAAUACCAGCUGUUAGGCAAAGCUUACUUCUGAUCGUGGGCUAGAAAUUAAAGAGAGUCUGCUAUGAGAGCUUAAUAGAGAAAGUUUAUGCUAUAAAUGCAUCACAUUAAUGAAGUCAAGGGGUAAAAGUGUAAAUAAGCUUUUGGAUGAGGGAGGAAUUGUAAUUUCAUGACACAAUCAUUUAUGUUUAUGCCAGAUUAUAAUUUAUGAAAUCAAAUUAAAUGCAGAUGUUGAGCUUCAUAUGUUGAACAAUUUAAGUAGUCAGUGUGGGCAUGUUUU